ACAGGGAAGGUCAUUUCAUUCUUGAUUCUGAGAGCCCCUUUAAAGGAAACAUCAAAAAACACAAUGAAUAUCUACUAGAGCUUCAUAUAAUAUUAAAGCACUUAAAAUUGGCGGUAUUAAUUGUAUAUCUUCCACCAAAUGACAAAAACCAAAUUAAUCUAAUUCAACAACAAAUUGAAGAAAUAUAUCUCGACAGAGCAGUGAAUUAUGAA